AUGAGGUCUUUAACGGAGGAAGAAACAAAGGUCGUAUUUGAAAAGUUGGCGAACUAUAUUGGCAGAAAUAUCUCGUUCUUGAUUGACAACCCCACAAAUCCCCACGUUUUCAGACUACAAAAAGAUAGAGUCUACUAUGUGUCUGAGACCGUCGCUAAGUUCGCUACGUCCGUUUCCAGAGAUAGGUUAAUGUCUCUUGGAACUUGUUUCGGAAAGUUCACCAAAACAGGAAAGUUCAGAUUGCAUAUCACAUCUUUGCCCUAUUUGGCCCAAUACGCUAAAUUCAAGAUUUGGAUCAAAGCUAACGGUGAAAUGCCUUUCUUAUAUGGUAAUCAUGUAUUGAAGGCACACGUUGGAAGGAUGUCAGAAGAUAUCCCAGAACACGCGGGUGUCAUUGUUUACUCAAUGCAUGAUGUACCUCUUGGUUUUGGUAUUUCUGCCAAGUCUACUACAGAAGCGAAAAACUUGCAACCUACCUCGAUCGUUGCAUUCAGACAAGGUGAUAUCGGUGAGUACUUGAGAGAGGAAGAUACUUUGUUCACUUAG